AUGAAUAAGUUAAAAAUCAAUAAGUUAAAUCCUGACAAUAUAAUACUCAACAACGAGCACAGUGUCAACGAUAAAAACACCUGGUGCGCUCUGGUUCAAGUUUACCAAGAGUUCUCCAAGGAGUCGACCGUACAUGGAAUUAAAUACACGACUCAGGCCAAGACAACCGUUGAAAAAUUUUUGUGGUUGACCGUGGUAGUUAUUUCUUUGGUCGCCUCGAGCGAACUGGCCAAUAAAUUUUACAAACGCCACGAAUCGGCGAACAUGCGCACCACCGUCGUCUCCAAUCAGUUCCCGUCGCUGAGAAUUGCCAUUCCGGCCUUCACCAUCUGCCAAGGAUACCUGGUGUCGGCGGAACGCCUCGAAGCUCUGACGAACGGAAAAACGCCGUUAAAAAUUCCCGCCGACGCGCGAGCCGGAGACCUGGAGCGCGGCGUCGCACAUCUGCGCGAGAUCGUACAUCCCGAGGGCGAGCGGCGCGCGAUCCCGGAACUGGAGAGGCUGCAGCGGAUCCUCGACGCCAACGGCAUGAGCCUGGCCGGGCUGCUCGAGGCCGUGUCACCGAGGUGCGGCGAUCUGCUGGCCGGCUGCGUCUACGAGGGCCGCCUCCAGGCCUGCGAGAAUCUCUUCGUGCCGACCGUGACGAGCCAUGGCAUCUGCUGCUCCUUCAACAACGCGGCUCAGAAGAGAUCGAGUCUCUCGCAAAGGUAUAUACCGGCGAGUGGCAAAGAUCGGUACAGCAUCAAUUUCGGCUCGCAGUACAUAAUGUCGGUACUGCUCAAGAGCAGCAAAGCCGAGGAUCGGCUCGCCUCGUUCGCCUACAAUACCGGCUACAAAAUUUUGAUCCACGAGAGGCACACCCUGCCGGGACCGAACUCGCUGGACUUGGUAGUGGCGGCGGGCUACGAGACCAUCGUGAGCCUGCACGGCACUCUGCUGACCAGCAGUCCGGAGGUGCUCGAUUUGCCGGCGCACCAGCGAGAGUGCAGAAAAUCGCAGCAGUCGAGCUCGAUCUACCGAUCGGAGAAUUGCUACAUGCGCUGCAGAGACCGGGCGAUUCGUCGGAGCUGCGGCUGCGUGCCUUUCUACGCCAACGACGCGGAAUCGGUCCAAGACUCGUGCAACUUGACCCACGUCCCCUGCUUGGCUCGCAUCGUAUCCAACGUCUACUCGAUGCCCCUGAGAAAUCCCGGCUGCGACUGCUUGCCCGACUGCGAAAGCACCAGGUACACGGCGUCCAUAACCGGUCAGCCGCUCGAGGCGGCCAAAUUCAAGCCUGGCAGAUUUUUCGAACUGGCGCAGAAAAUUCCCAACUCGACUGCUCUUCACGUGACUUUCGCCGAUCAGACGGCGACUCUGGAGCGACGAGAGUUGGUUUUGUCUUGGAUUAAUCUUGUCUCAUCUCUGGGUGGCGUUUUCAGCUUAUUUUUGGGAUGCAGUUUCAUUUCGGUGAUUGAAUUUUUUUAUUUCUUUUUCUACCAACUAAUUUUAAAAUUGAAGUUUAAAAAUACACGUAACGAUAUUCAGAAAUAAAAAAUAAUAUUUACUGUGAUAUAAGACUUUGUAAAAACCACA